CUGGCUGAUGGUGUCAGCCCUGCUCCUGGACUCGUCACAGAGAGAAGCUGUUCCUGAGAACGCAGGGGCAUCGCCAGGCGCUCCGGGCAUCUGGGAGACUGCCGGGCACCCUGGGUGUUCGUGAGGCCACAGGCGCUCCAGGGGAUCGCUGGGCGCCCUGGGGGCUGGAGUUGAGUUUUUUCAAGGCAUCUUGCCCGCUUGUUGUUUUAAACCUCCAUGUCGCCUUGUGGCUUUUUCCGUUACUGAUUUUGGUUCAGGCCUGAACCCUGUGAGAGGGUCAGCUAGCAGUCUAAGUUUUCAUUUCAUUCUGGAAGCAGCAUUUGCCUUCCUGGUCUCGGAAUGUGGCCCUGAUCCCCCACCCAGACGGGGAGGCUGACAGGCAGCACAGCUGCGCUGUGUGUCGCCAGCCUGAGCAGCGGGAACUGCGCCUGUGGUUUCCAUCCCUGGGCUUUGACAAGUAGGCUCUGUCGGGAUUCCUUGGGCCAUCCAAGCCAUGUGGGUGUGGCCGACUGGAUCCCGAGGUCUGCUGUGGGCCGGCCCAGACUUUGGGGUUGUUGCAGCCCUGAGAUGGCAGGCUGUCUUUGGGCAGCCGUCUUUGGUUUGUGUUUGAGCAAUGUUUCGAAAUAGAAAUUCCUUUACCCUGUUUUCUUGUUGCAAAAGUAACGUGUUCUUAAAAAAACCUGCCCAUUCAGAAAUGCAAGCAGGAAAUGACAAUCCUGUCCUCCUGGGGGCCAGGAGGUGCUUCUCCAUCACCUCUCUGCCUUCCAGCGGGAACUUCCCAAGUCGGUGUGGGUGUCCUUCCUUCUUGUUGGCGUCUGUAGUGUCAGUGCACAGAUGUCUUCUGGUUUAUUCGGUGUCUGUCUGGUUGGAGAAGCGACGAGGGAAGGGCAGGCCAGGUGCUGGCUGUGGCUCUGCUUGGCCUGGCUGUGAUGGUGUGCAUGCUCCAGUAGGGAGCGACGCAACCUCUUGCUCUGCCAGCCACCCCAGAGGGGACAGCUCGGGGUGGCCUCUGCAGUCUUAUGGCCUGGGAGUCCCUCUCUUAGUCCUCCUCCCUCCCGGGGUGGCUCUGGGAGCCGGAGGUGUUUUCCCACUGGAGAGGGGUCCUGCCUGAGCUGCCCAUCCAGAGCCAGCACGACCCUUCCUGGGAGGUGGGUCCUGGCGCCCAGGAUGGAAGGGGCUUGUGGGGGCCCCCAACCUCUCGCGCUCUGGCUGCCCUUCCUUCCUCCCUGUUGAACUGGUGCCCAGGUUGCCGGGGAACAGAGGACAAGUCAGGAGGGAGGUGUGUGUGGCUGGGGGAGGGCAGCACCCCCUGCCUCUGCUGUGGGGGAGGGCUGUGCACCGCCAGACCCCCCUGGUCAUCCUCACGUUCUUGUAGGCAUCUGAGAGCGUGAGGUACCCCCUGCCUCAUUUCACUGGAGGUGUUCGGGGUGACGUUCUUGUUUGCAAGAAAGGGGGCUCCCGUUGCCAUGUGCAACUCCCUGCAGAUUAGGGGGCACCUGCCUGCAGGACAUGUGCCUGGCACUUUUAGCUCAAGUCCCCGCUAAGCCUCACAGACCCUGCUGGGGUUGGCCAUGUUUCCCCUGGGUCGUGGGCAGCUGCGUCAUCUACGUCAUCUGGGUCCCACUGAAAGUGCGAAGGGGACGCCUGUGCUGGUGGGCAGGACCCAGGAAGCCUCUCUGGCCCUGCUGGCCUCAGGCUCCUGGCUCCUGCUGGGCCACAACGGGGAUAGGGGAUGCGUUUCCGUGUUUGUGGCUGGAGCUGGCUUCCUGUUCGGCAGCAGGUUGGAGCAGUGUGGUCUGGCGGUCAGAAGAGGGAGGGAGGCAGAGGGCUCAGCCUUGGGUCCUGAGGGCAGUGAGCCGUGCCUGUGCAUCCUUGUGUGUGGAGGAGGCCAGCCUGCGCUUGGCUGGUAGUUGUGGGCCCUAUGUCCCCACAGGUCAGUUUCAGCCUGUAGCUGCCUUCUGCCCAUUCCCUGGCUCCCUGGGCUGUGCAGGAGCACCAGGUACUGGGCACCCGCCCACUGUCCCAUACCUGGGGGCCAACGGUGCCCCAGCCGUCUUCUAGGCACUGGGAGGCGCAGGGACACAGCACAUCCUCCCUCCCCUCUGGAGCUCCAGGGUCCCGCCGCAGUGGUCACAGCAGGGCUGUGGGUGCUCAGUGUGUGUCCAGCACCGGCCUGAGUGCGUUGUGUGUUUGACUCUUUGCAUCUCACAGAACCCCGUGGGGACAAGGGGACCGGAUCCCGUGGCUGGCGAGGGGCAGAGCUGGGAUUGGGCUGGGGAGGCUGGCCCUGGCAUCUGCUCUGCAGCCCUGAACUGUCCAGGGUCCGGGACGUUCCAGGAGGCCCUGGUAGGUGGUGGCGUUGGAGCAGAAAGGCCUGAAGGAGGUGAGGGAAUGAGCCUGUCCCUCUGGUGAGGGAGUUCCCAGCAGCCCUGGCAGGGGACGAGUCAUGGGUCACGUUGGGUCCUGCAGGCCGGAGCAGGGACGGUGCUUUCACGCUGAGCCGGAUGGAGCCACUGCAGGGUUUGAGCUGAUCUGCAGCUUGAUCCGACUUGGGUUGGUUGAAGCAGGACCACCGCUGCUGUGCAGGCCUGGACCAUCCAUCAAGGGAAGGGCAGACCCACAGGGGCUUCACAGAGACCCCUGCAGGAGUCAGCAGUGCUCGGGCCAGGCGCAGGCAGACCCUGGCCCUGCUGGACUUCGCUGACCUGCUAGGGGUGGGGCGGGGCAGUGAGGCGUUAGGGUGACCCAGGUUUGCGCCUGGCUCAGGCGGCUGCCGCCCAGCCUCCCAUCUGACAUCGUGACAAGAACAUGUAAAAGGCUAUCGUGUAGCAGAGUGCACGCCUGCCCCCCAGAUGGAGGGUUCCGCGCGCAGCCCUCAGUCUGUUAUGUGCCCUACACGUAGAAGUGGGGCCAUUGGCUUUCCCCUGAGAGAUCCGGGGACUUUGGCGUUGGGGUGGCCUGUUCAUUCUGUUACUGCACACUGUUCCUCCGGGCCCUAGUUGGUCAUCUCCUGAUGACCUGCAGGCCCACAGUGUCCUCUUCCUCUCCAGCUCUGCGCUUGGAGAGCGUCUCCACAAGCAGGUGGGGGCCGGGGCGAGGCCUGCAGCAGCCUCCCCCCACUUACGAGCGUGCAGGGUCCGACCCGCCUUCUCUCGCCCUCCCACUUAGCCGAGGGCCGGCCGUGUCACAGGCUGGUCGUCAUCACAAACCCAGAGCAGGUUCUCAUGGUUACGUUAGAACUUCGCUUGGCGGGCGGACUCGCUCGAGAGGGGCUCGGCUCCGCGCCCCGAGUGUGGUUCUGCCACCGUUCUGCCUGCCUGGCUCGGCUCUUUCAGGUCGCUGUUGUAGCUGUCUGCAUGUGAACCAUUCCCUAAAAAACUGCCAAGGUCAACAACGGUGUAGAGUCAGUCCCAGCAGGCAGGCGGUUGGUGGGCCGUGAGCGGAGUGGCCUUGUGUGCAGCCCUCACCCGGACGGCUGCCUUCCUGCCGGUGCGCUUCCCCACCUGCCCAGGUGGCAGGUGCUCACGUUAUCCCCCCUCACCAGUGUCUCCUCCCCUCGUCUGAGAGCAGUAGUCAGAGAGCGGUUCUGUGACAGGUGCUGCCUGGUUGGGCCCAGAAAUGGGACGUCGUGCCUCCAGGGGCAGCACAGAGGAACUGAGGGCCUCCCCGAGCCGCUGCUGUGACGGCCAGUGAGCGAGCAGCCGGAGGAUGUCCACCACCACGACGGUCGCCCCCGCGGGGAUCCCGGUGGCCCCGGGCCCCGUGAACCCGCCACCGCCCGAGGUCUCCAACCCCGCCAAGCCCGGCCGCAAGACCAACCAGCUGCAGUACAUGCAGAACGUGGUGGUGAAGACGCUCUGGAAACACCAGUUCGCCUGGCCCUUCUACCAGCCCGUGGACGCAAUCAAGCUGAACCUGCCAGAUUAUCAUAAGAUAAUAAAAAACCCAAUGGAUAUGGGGACGAUUAAGAAGAGACUAGAAAAUAACUAUUAUUGGAGCGCGAGUGAAUGUAUGCAGGACUUCAACACCAUGUUUACAAAUUGUUACAUUUAUAACAAGCCCACAGAUGACAUAGUGCUCAUGGCGCAAGCCCUCGAGAAAAUUUUUCUGCAGAAAGUGGCCCAGAUGCCCCAGGAGGAAGUUGAAUUGUUACCCCCUGCUCCAAAGGGCAAAGGCCGGAAACCAGCUGCGGGAACCCAGAGUGCAGGUACGCAGCAAGUGGCGGCCGUGUCCUCUGUUUCCCCAGCGACCCCCUUUCAGAACGUCCCCCCCACUGUCUCCCAGACGCCCGUCAUUGCUGCCACCCCUGUGCCAACCAUCACUGCAAACGUCACUUCGGUCCCCGUCACCCCAGCUGCCGCCCCACCUCCUCCCGCGACGCCCAUCAUCCCCGUAGUCCCUCCCACGCCGCCCGUUGUCAAGAAGAAGGGCGUGAAGCGGAAAGCAGACACGACCACGCCCACGACGUCUGCCAUCACCGCCAGCCGCAGCGAGUCACCCCCGCCACUGUCGGACCCCAAGCAGGCCAAGGUGGUGGCGCGGCGGGAGAGCGGGGGCCGCCCCAUCAAGCCGCCCAAGAAGGACCUGGAGGACGGCGAGGUGCCCCAGCACGCGGGCAAGAAGGGCAAGCUGUCAGAGCACCUGCGACACUGCGACAGCAUUCUCAAGGAGAUGCUGUCCAAGAAGCACGCGGCCUACGCCUGGCCCUUCUACAAGCCGGUGGACGCGGAGGCCCUGGAGCUGCACGACUACCAUGACAUCAUCAAGCACCCAAUGGACCUCAGCACCGUCAAGAAGAAGAUGGACAGUCGCGAGUACCCAGACGCACAGGGUUUUGCAGCUGACAUCCGGUUAAUGUUCUCCAACUGUUACAAAUACAACCCCCCAGACCACGAGGUGGUGGCCAUGGCCAGGAAGCUCCAGGACGUGUUUGAGAUGCGGUUUGCCAAGAUGCCGGAUGAGCCCGUGGAGGCGCCCGCGCUGCCCGCCCCCGCGGCCCCCGUGGUGAGCAAGGGCACCGAGAGCAGCCGCAGCAGCGAGGAGAGCUCCUCGGACUCGGGCAGCUCGGACUCGGAGGAGGAGCGGGCCACCAGGCUGGCGGAGCUGCAGGAGCAGCUGAAGGCCGUGCACGAGCAGCUGGCCGCCCUGUCUCAGGCCCCGGUGAACAAACCAAAGAGGAAGAAGGAGAAGAAGGAGAAGGAGAAGAAGAGGAAGGACAAGGACAAGGACAAGGACAAGGACAGGCACAAGGCCAAGUCCGAGGACGAGAAGAAGGCCAAGGCGGCCCCGCCCAGCAAGCAGGCCCAGCAGAAGAAGGCUCCCGCCAAGAAGGCCAACAGCACGACCACAGCCAGCAGACAGCCGAAGAAGGGUGGCAAGCAGGCCUCGGCCUCCUACGACUCGGAGGAGGAGGAGGAGGGCCUGCCCAUGAGCUACGAUGAGAAGCGCCAGCUCAGCCUGGACAUCAACCGGCUGCCCGGGGAGAAGCUGGGCCGGGUGGUACACAUCAUCCAGUCCCGGGAGCCCUCGCUCAGGGACUCCAACCCCGACGAGAUAGAGAUUGACUUUGAGACUCUGAAACCCACCACUUUGCGGGAACUAGAGAGAUACGUCAAGUCUUGUUUACAGAAAAAGCAGAGGAAGCCGUUCUCGACAGGCGGGAAGAAGCAGGCGGCCAAGUCGAAGGAGGAGCUAGCUCAGGAGAAGAAGAAGGAAUUGGAGAAGCGGCUGCAGGACGUCAGCGGGCAGCUGAGCAACAACAAGAAGCCGGCCAAGAAAGAGAGACCGGGCUCGGCGCCCGCGGGAGGGCCAUCCCGGCUCAGCAGCAGUAGCUCCUCCGAGUCCGGGAGCAGCAGCUCCAGCGGGUCCAGCUCCGACAGCAGCGACUCGGAAUGAACCCCGGCCUCACACAGGACAGAACAAAGCCAGUGGCUGUCGCACGCGGAGACUCUGCAGUGUUCCCUCGAUGGUUAAUAUACUACUUUUGUCCCAUGGUGUGCAGGUUUUCUUUUUAACUCAGUGUUACGGUAUCUUCCAGUUUGUGCUUUCAUAGGUCAAAGGUCUUUUCGUGUGUCCACUAGACUUUAUGAGACGGGGGGGGAUCUGCAUAAAGUCUGCUCUUCGUAACUGAAUCCAGUGUUGGGGGAUGACAACUUCAAAUGCUAAUAACCUGAUAACCAUAGAAAAACACGUCAGACGUGAUCGGAAGGCUCUUGCAGUCUCUCUUUUCUUACGCCCAGCCUGGUCUGUAGCUGCAGGGAGAAUUUUCUCAAAGGGAGUUUCUCUGAAAUGGUACUGCAUCGGAGAGCUGCUGGCUCGGCAGACAGGUGUUGUCUUUGUCAUUCGGGCCGAGCUCUGACUCUAGUGUCGAGGGGUCACCUCUUUCUGCGGGGGCUGAAGACAUACGUGCCUGCUGUGGGGACCAGGGCUGGGCUAAGCGAGGGGUCCUCGUGGCCCCUGUGAGAGCUUGUGCGGGUGGGCGACAGGCGGGGGUGGAGUGCAGCGGGGUGCUGAGUUCCUCUGAUGUGUGCGAUGUCGGGAGCUCCUGGGAGGGAACACAGUGGCUGCGUGUGCAGCGCGCAGGUUUCCAUACACUGAAACUUUUACCUCAACUUAAAAAAAAAAAGAAAAGAUAAAAAAAAAAAGGAGACUUUUUUGUAAGGUUCAGCAAUUUUCUACGAAAGUCCAGCCCAAUGUGUGCCCCUAACUUGUUAGCGCUGCCGCUCACUCCGGAACCACUUCCCAGUUUCAUGUAUAUAUGAAUACUUUAUUUAUUAACAUCAUUGGUCAUUUUUUUAAAAAAAGAAAAGAAAAACAAAACUGCGAAAGAGAUGCAUUAACAAAACUAGCAGAUGCAGGCCCCUGAGGCGGUUUGCAGGGAGCCCGCCCGCCGGCCCUGCCUCCAGGUGCUAGCCUCGCUCCUGCCGGUGCUCAGUCCUGUCCGCGUGCACUCGCCCUGCGCUGGGCUUCGUGCAGGUUUGCGUUUUUUGUUCUUGUGUGUGUAUGAAAUUUGGAGAUUUACAGGUAUAGACAACUUCCAGCUGCAGCACAUUCUAAUUUUUUUAUUUUCUUGGUUUAAUUCUUUUGUAUUCACUUCUGGUCUCUUUAGGACUGUUUUAAAAGAAAUCAAUUUAGGGAACCCCGGUUAUAUAAUAUAAACUUUGUAAUCUGAGAGAAAAGAAUGUAUAGUAAAUCUAAGUCUUGAUUUUUAACUUUCUAUUGUAAAAAAAUAAUAAUAAUAAUAUACAGAGUUUAACAGAAGGGUAUGUUCUGGGUCUGUUUCCUGAGGCCGCCCUCUGGCCUUUGGGCACAGGGCUGCCCCACGCUGCCUGCCUAAGCCCUGAGCACGGUGACUUCGGCCAAGAACGCAAGGGUCAGCCUUCCAGGCCCCCAGACGGGGCGCCCGUCCCCGCCCAGCCUCCAGGCGAGGGGCUGAAGCCCCCGUGGCCCGAUAUGGUCUUCCAGCCGGCUGGCAGUGGCCGGGCAGGGCUCUCCCUGGCCCAUCUUUCUCCAGGGGUGGCAGGGCCUCUGGCCCCCGAGGGUUCCCUCUCUGAAGACUCCACGGGGCUCCCUGCUCGAGCAUCUGCCAGUUAGCACAGAAAUGGCUGAAGCGCAGGGACUUCUCCCAGACACCCCUGGGAGGACUUCAUGGAGGUGGGGGCUGGAGGUGGAGCCAGGGGUGGCCUGGCCUUUUGUCUGGUGGUGAGUUCUUUCUGCCAGCACUUCUGGAUGGAGAGAUGGACUAGUCAUCAGUAUCCUGAUAGGUGGCAGUUUUUAAAAGAGUCAUAAAAUCAAUUCAGAUUCCACCAACCCUAUGGCUGUGGAGCCCCUUGAUGGAUAUAGAACUCUGCUGAGGCAAAGGAUGGUGGAUUACCAUUUCUCUUACUGCUGGUGAUUCUGACACUUGGUGAGUUUUGAGCCAGUUUGUUAAAUUUUUAAUUAAGUUUUGUUUGUAAUAAAAAUAUAAAUGGAUUUUAAACUUGCCAUUUUUUAAAGUUACCCUUGUUUUUCAAAGGUGUUUUCUAAACAGAUCUUUAAUGGAGUAUUUAAAGUACGACUUUAAGGAAUUAAUACACGACAAAAUCGACAGGUCUUAAAGCAGGAUCUCGUUGGCAGUACGGAGCAAGUGCACAUCUGGGGCGUAAGCAGACCUCGAGCAGACGGUGCCUGGAGGCGGGGCUCCGGGGGGCUCCUCUCCAGCUGCAGAGAGUCAGGGGCACCUGUGUGAGCCGACAGGCGGGGUGACGUCUGGCCCUAGAGUUUAGCCCAGCGGGAGCUUUCCAGAGCAUUCCAUCACCCGCUGGUCCUGUGUGAGCUGUGGCUUCUUGAACCGCCUCUGCUCUGUUCAUCUGGAGAGAACCCGCCGCUGCGAGGGCGCACGGAGGGCCUGAGUGCGUGCCGGCAGUCGGAGCCGUUGGUGCUGCAGUCUUUAAGGCUUUCUGUCCAGGCUUCGAAACCCAUUUCAGAGUUCGGGGCCCCUCGGCCCCUCGCCGUCAGCCUGUGGGCGUUUGCAUUUCCUUUUCUCCGCGUCGGGAAGACGAGCAGAGCUGUUCCAGGGCCGCGAACUGGAGGGCGGGCGGCUCUGUGUGCUUCUCGAGAGGGGAAGGGAACCGCGUGCGAAGCAGGUUGGCCUCGCGUACAAAGUGGCUUUGACGGACGACACUCUCCGUGACCCGAGGGGGCCGCGGCGGGUGUGGACUCAGUUCCAGAGACCCUUGCUCGCGCUGGGCAGCGUCAUCUUGCUUCCAAACUGUAAGCUGUGUUUUCUUUCUGUUUGUUUGGGUUUGUUCUUUUGCAAGUCUCACCUUCUGCGGCCGCGUGGGAGCGAACACCGCCCGCGGUCGAGAACUUGUUGCGUCCCACGUAGCCUGUGCUUAAUACUGGCCUGACGCGUCCGGGAAGGUUUUCUUUUUUAUAUUUAAAAUGUUACUUUUCUGUAUGAUGUGCAUGCAAGUUUACCGUAACUUUUCUUAAACUUUUUAGUGCCGUUUCUAGUAUAUUCCUGUAAAUGUCAGUUACUGAAAAUGAGUCCAAUGUAAGUAGUUUUAGCUUGUUUAUUGCAAUGCUGGCCUCAACACAACAGAAUAAAAAUGGUAGAAAGUACUCUUCGAUGUUUCUGGUAAUCAUGGACCCUUCUCCUGGGGCAUUUGUUUUUGUUUUCAUAAUAAAAGCAAAAAAGAAAAACCAAAA